AUGGAUCCGCAUCCUGCGCAGCAGAAAUUAGAACUUCUGACCGCAAGCAAUCUUUUCGACCCGGAACGCGAUGCCCUCUAUGGAUACGACGAAGAGUACCAGCGCCAGAUCAAUCAAAGCCGCCCGUGGGCCUCCGACCCUCGUUAUUUCAAAUACGUGCGCAUCUCGGCCCUUGCACUCCUGAAAAUGGUGGUACAUGCCCACGAGGGCGGAUCAAAUGAAGUGAUGGGUUUGAUGCAAGGCUACAUCCUGUCUGAAACUUUCGUCGUGACCGAUGCAUUCCGACUUCCCGUGGAAGGGACCGAGACUCGGGUCAAUGCCCAAGACGAAGCGAACGAAUACAUGGUCGCGUAUCUGCAGUCAUGUCGGGAUGCUGGACGCCCAGAAAAUGCUGUAGGAUGGUACCACAGUCACCCGGGAUACGGCUGCUGGCUCUCUGGAAUUGACGUUGCAACUCAACAAACGCAUCAGAUGACCGGGCCAUUCGUGGCCGUUGUGAUUGAUCCUCAGCGCACGAUCUCCUCGGGCCGAGUCGAGAUCGGUGCAUUCCGAACUUUCCCUGCGGAUUACACCUUGUCUAAGCAGGAUCAAGAAGAUGAACAGGAUCAGUCCAUCCCGCUCGGAAAGGCAGAAGACUUUGGCGCGCAUGCAAAUCGGUAUUACUCGCUCGAGACGUCUCACUACAAGAGUACUCUUGACACCUACCUCUUGGAUAUUCUGUGGAACAAGUACUGGGCUUCGACCAUCAGUCAGAGUCCCUCGGAUGCAUCCCGUGACUAUGUGACCAAGCAGAUUACGGACCUCAGUCAAAAGAUCAAUAAGGUUACGCGAGGUAUCGAGACGAGCGGACCGCGAGGCGGAGCUGCCGCGACGAAGGAUCAACAGCUGGACAAGGUCGUGCGUGAAGGAAACCGGAUCGCGGCUGAAGAAGAGAAGGGAGCCUUAUCCCUGGACAUCAAGAUGAAGCUCUUCCUGCGUCGCUCUGGGGACACAAAAGAUAAGAGACAGGAAAAGCCCGCCCCAGAAGUUUAA